CUUGGCCGAGAAAACCCAUUGCCGAUUUUGGCAUCAGUCAUCACGAGUAUUUCGGCUUGUGUCACACUCACCUAGUGCAUGCAAGUGUCCGAGCUCCGAACAGGGUGGACACUUGUGAUCGUUGUCUCGCAGACUACUCUGAAUCUCCACCGAGUACCGAGUUGUGGAGGUACUGUGAACUGAAAGUCCUCUUCUGACCGGUCUUUGAUUCAACCUCGUCUCCAAUCCUGACUCUGUUGCCAGUGGUUGGCAGUUUAUGCGCUGCCAGAAAACCAGAAUAUCCAUCCAACUGAUCCGGUCUUGACGCAAUGACUGCCUCUAGCGUUCAAACUCAGCAGAAUGGAAGCUCUGCUACAGCGCACGUAGCUGGACGCACCGUACUGCACGACGGUGACGAUCAUGAGGAUAGCGAUGACGAGAAAGACUCCACCGAGACGAGAGCUGCUCGCAAGAAGAUGUCGAGCCUGUCGCGAUUUUUCAUCAGCGCAGCAGUAUUUCACGCUUGUGCAGUAGUAGCAUUUCAAAGUGCUAUCCUUGGUCUAGGUGAUUUCUCAGCAGAUUGUGAAGGGGGUCUUGGUUUUGACCGCAAGAUCUAUGCUAUACUGUUCAUAUCAGCCAUGGUCUACGUCAUUGUCCUGGUUGUAUGGGCGCUGUACAGUGAGAAUAUUGUUGAAAUCUACGCAUUCUGUGUAAUACAGCUUCUGUCCAUUUCAUACAGCUGUACACAAGUAUUCCAAUUCUUCACAUCACGAUCUGAAUUCAAAAACAGACAACCAAACAGUGUAAAACUAGAAAACUAUGACCCACCAAUCAUAUUGGCUGUAUCUAAUGCAAUUCUCUCAACAGUAAUGAUGAUCUUCUAUUUGUACACAACGUAUCAUUUGUAUAUUGAGUUUGGCUGGAAAAUCUACACCACAGUGCCUUUCAAGGCAGAAGCAAAGUUAAGAGGUGCAUUUCGUACGUAUCAGAUUUUCACUUGUUUCUUGAAACUGGAGUUUUUCUUUACGGAAAUGUUCUUACUUAGUCAUGUGACCUUGUUGCUGCGUGAUGACAUGAACGACCCAGAGUUUGUUGCCAGCAUAGUCGCUAUGGUCUUGGCUAUUGUCGUUACCAUCGUCGUCUACUUAGCGGUGCGCCGUGAGAACAAAGUCAUCAUGGUCAUCUUUCUGCUCAUUCUGCUAGCCAUGCUGGGAUACUACUCAUUCAAGUUCUUCAGAUUUGUGACGAAGAGUUGUCGACUCUGCCAACAAAUGAAAAGCAACGUGUGUCCCUUGAUGUUGAUCUCAUCUGUACCAACAACUGCUCCGCCGAACGAUAACCUAACAUUUGAGCAUCUCUCACUAUUCACUAUGAUUGCCAAUAUCAACACGGUUUUGCUGUUCUUGGUGGCCCUAAACUACAUGUCCAAAUUCGGAACUGGACUGGAGAAGAUUUUUCGUAAGAUGGAGCAGCAGCGAUUCCGCUACGCCCGGCAAACAUUACGCAACAUCAGUGCAACGCGUAGCCAUAACCAUAUGACGCACUCAGCAGCAGCAGGUGGUAGCAUUGCACCUGCAAGCAGAACGGGUACUAUAGAACUUCCCGCUGUAACCAGGCCGCAGGACAAUGGCCAAGCCCACACUUCUACAUUGUCUAGGAACGGCGACACAGAGCAGUAUACACCAACCGAGAUGAAGUCUUACAAGAAAUCAGUGUCGAUAUCAGCAGCUGAACCAACGGUUGCAGCAUUUACAUGUACACCCGACGGAAGCUGUGCUGAUUUGGAUACGUCUGCAUCAUCAUCAGGUAGCGAUGCCUUGACAAUGGCCAACAGAGCAGUCAGCGGAUCUAGGGGAACUGUUAGUAUAGACACGGAGAUUGCCUCUCUGUAGAGCAUUGCACUUGCCUCUCUGUAGAGUAUUGCACUUGCCUAUCUGCAUGUGUAGUACAGCAUUUUCUGUACAUGUACUGCCAGAACAACCAAGCUACUUGAGCACCAAAUCUCACCUGAUUUCACACAACUUGAUGAUAGGCACUUCCUGCAGCAAAGGAUCUAAUCACAGAAAUGAGGCCAUAUUUAGAGCAAGGUAGCUAACGCCAUUUAGAGAGCAAUGGUACGAAUUGAGAUCUACGAUUUUAGAUGAUGAAAAAGAACUAUACAAGCUACACUUCUUGAUCAAACCAGCAAUUGCUAUUAUGAUAGAAUGUGCAUUUCUCCUAACAUUAGUUCUAGAGCCUAGAGGGAUGAUAUCACACUUCACAACAGAAAUACCAUGGAUGACAUCAUCAUUCAAUUUUAUAGCAGUAGUAUAGUGGAUGAAAUUAUACUUCAUAGCAGCAGUACCAUGAGUGACAUCAUACUUCACAACAGAAGUACCAUGGAUGACAUCAUACUUCAUAGCAGCAAUACCACACAAGAGCCACAUGUCAUAAUUAUUACCCUGUAUAGUGAGUGCCAUGUAAUUUCCCUGUGGGUUUGCAAGGCCUUCACACCACACCACUGCUCACUUGGUCAAUGACAGGCAUCCUGCACCUGCAGAGUCCUAUAUUUCUCAUAUCCAACCUAAAACUACGUAUACCAGCUACAUUCAUGUCCUAUAUGCAUACUUCAAGUAAUUUGUUUUUGUGCUGAUUAUGUUGUGGAAUAAUGACUUCCACGUCAGCUUCAAUUUUGACUACACCGCUUGUCUCCUGCAUAAGCGUUUACUGAUAGUUAUUUUCCCAUUA